AUUAUUGUACCAACAUUUCUAGGGAAACCAUAGGUCUGUCAUAUGGCGAUGUAUCAAGCAGACAUACUGGAUUUUUAUUGUGCCAUUUCCGUGUUAGAAGUUUAUAAAAUUCACUUAAAAGUUGGGAUUCUGAAUUUCGCAGACACAAACCUCAAAAGUUAUUGUGAAAACCUUAGUGGAUCUCGAUGUUUUCACGGUAACAAAUAGCCUAAUUGUACAUUUGCAUUGGUGCACUGUGAUGUUGCCUUUUGAACUGAAUGGUGUUAACCUCGACAAAAUGAACUAAAGCUACAAACGAUGAACUUCAGUUACUACGGGGAGUUGAUAUGAAAUGAAUUAAUUCGCAGCUGUGGGUACAGCUGAUCAGAGACCAGUUAAAACUUGCCCUCAGUUUGGGUCGGUGGGGACAGGAGGAGCUGAACCAUGGCCACGUCGGAGCAGGAGGAAAUGUCGACGUUUAAGGAAUUUUUGCUAACUUAUUUUAUGCCGGAAAAAUGCUACGACCACUUUUUUCUUCAUUUCAACAUUGCUCAUGUACCUUGUCUGAAGAUAACUCUGAGUAAGAUAAUGGGAAUCUGGAUCAUUGUGGGGACUGUCUUAGCCCCUUUGCCUCAGAUUUUCAAGGUUGUUCGUGCUAAAGAUGUGAAUGGUCUGAGUUUAUGCUCCACUCUCCUGGAACUAUUGGCCGUCUCAGCUAAUGUAGCCUACUGCAUCAUACGCAACUUUCCCAUUGGAGCUUGGGGAGAGAAGUUGUUUAUGCUGAUGCAGAUUGUUUUGCUGGGUUUCCUAAUCCAGCACUACAGCGGGAAAACCAUUCAAGGUGUGAGUUUUCUGGCUGCUCAUUUUAUCUUCAUGUACCUCCUCACCUCAUGUCCCGUUGCUGUGGUUACACCGAUGCAGGAGUCCAGUGUGCUGGCUGUUAUAAUGAGUCGUCUCAUUCAGGCAGGCUGUAACUACAGUAAUGGCCACACUGGUAAUCUGUCCGCUGUCUCUGUGCUCAUGGUGUUUAUGGGGUCACUGGCACUUACCUUCAGCUCUGCACAGGAGAGGGGCGUGUCUCUCUACACGCUGUCGUUUGUGCUGGCCUCCGUGUGCAGCGGGGUCGUUCUCACUCAGGUCCUGCUCUACUGGAGCCGUAGGCCAAUGCACCGAGACAAAGAGACCGAGAGAGAGGGACAGAAAGAGAAAGAGGAGUAGAGCUGGACAGACAUUCAGGCUGCGUCCCAAACUCCUCACUGUGCCCUUCAUAGGACACUCGGUCUGCAGCCUUCACUGGAAGCCUUUGGGAAUAAUUGUGUAAAAUAGUUCUGAACGAUGUACCAUCCACCAUAAAUGGGACUGAAUGCUGAUCUCAGAAAAAUGUUGUGAUAUUGUGCUGUGUGUGUGUGUGUGUGUGUGUGUGUGUGUUGUAGUCACGUUACAACUAUAUCUUUUCAGAGUACAAAUGACACUGAUCAUAACAGGACAGAACGUCACCAAACCCCACAGACAGGGCAGACAAGAACUCAAAGCUCCCCUUUACCUUUUCAUGAGGGGGAGAGAGAGAGAGAGAGUGAGAGAACCAUGGAGAUUUCAUAAUAAGGAAAUAUGACACUCAGUGAAAGGAUUGCAUACAACUACAAGCGUUACAUACAGUUUAGAUGCUUUGUCAACCAGUCAGUCAAAUAAAGAGACAUAUAAUACAGUAUUAAAACGCACUCGUGAAGAGCAGUGCAUCUCCUCCGAGUGAAAAUGAACUGUGAGUACUGCUCCCUUUGCCUUGUUUCCAGCACAAAGACGGUUUACAGUCGUGCCGAUUCAGUAUCCUAAAACCUGAAGUGUUACAAAUUAUAUGAACAACAAAGUUUAAGAAAUGCAUGCGGUUGAAGGACAACUGCCAGAAAUGGCGAUUGUUUGGUUCUUGUUUUGAGCACUAGAGGGCAGUGUUACAUUGUUCUUUUUUGUGGAUUGCAGCUAAUUCUAUUGUGUUGAUGGUGAGUUGUGUCUUCUCUUUUUUUUUU